UUGAAAUGGCAAAAUCAGAAAAUCUCAAGCAAUUUACGAAUAGUAUCUGAUCUAUCUUUGUAUCUGUCGGUUGGUUGGUUGGCUGGCUAGCUAGCUACAUACAUACUCGUAGUUGUUCCGGACAGAUUUUCAGUCGUCCGUUUGGUGCUAUUGUCUAAAUCUGUCAUCGACGCAACAACAAUAGCAACUAAAAACCAGUGAAGCUUAAAAACGUAACAGAAAAACAACAACAACAAAUUAACAAUUAAGCUACCCGCAACUGCAGUCUACAACACAAAUAGCAACAAUAAAAUUUGCUUAUACUAUAAUAACAACAAUAAGCAAAUCGAACAACAACAGCAACAGCAGCUUAACCAAUUUUGCAGAAACUACUGUCUACCGGUGUUGAACGUGCUACGGAAAAAAUAUACAAAUAAGUAUAGAAAACCAGUUAGCCGCAGCAGAAAUCUAUUUUCAUCGUUUCGCAAUUGGAGGAAAAUAAUGUUUGUAACGUUUACAAUACGCUGAGGGGUUCUAUGGGAAAGUCAACAACAACCAUUGUAGAUUUUCUAGCGGAGAAGUUAAAGAGCAGCUUAGUACUAAUUAAGUGUGAUUUAAGCGUAUAAAUUAAAGUUUUCAGCAAAAUUACCAAAACGGCUCGGCUUAACGUUCAACUUGAGCCCAGACAAACAUCAUACAAAAACAACACGUACAAACAAACAAAUUGAAGAUACUCACCACGCAUUAACAACAAUAUAAUUUCUCAACACAUUAACGUAGUGACCACAACAACAACGACAACAAAAAAGUGAAAAAAUGGGUAAAGAUUAUUAUAAAACAUUGGGUAUACCGAAAACUGCCACCGAUGAGGAAAUCAAGAAGGCCUACAGAAAAUUAGCGUUACGCUAUCAUCCGGACAAAAAUAAAGCCGCUAAUGCAGAGGAGAAAUUCAAGGAGGUCGCCGAGGCGUACGAAGUGCUCUCCGACAAGAGUAAACGUGAAGUGUACGAUAAAUAUGGCGAAGAGGGUCUAAAGAGUGGAGGCACUCGUAAUGGCCACACCGGCAAUAAUACCUUCACAUAUCAGUUCCAUGGUGAUCCACGGGCGACCUUCGCACAAUUCUUCGGCUCGAGCAAUCCCUUCGCGUCGUUCUUCGAUAUGGGCGAUAAUCUAUUCGAUAAGAAUGUGUUCGAUUUAGAUACCGAACAUGAUUUCUUCUCAUCGCCAUUUGGUGGUUUGGGUUCGAGGCAUGGACUCGGCAGUGGGUUCAGACCUUCAUUUAGAUCGCAUUCGUUCAAUGUGCAUACACCAUUCAAAAAGGAGAAACAACAAGAUCCACCCGUCGAACAUGAUCUCUACGUAACGUUGGAUGAAAUCUACAAAGGUUGUGUGAAAAAGAUGAAAAUCUCACGAAGAGUUGUACAAGCGGACGGUUCGUCCCGGAAGGAGGACAAAUAUGUGAGCAUAUCGAUUAAACCGGGCUGGAAAUCCGGUACGAAGGUGACAUUUCAAAAGGAAGGCGAUCAAGCACCCGGCAAGAUACCAGCGGAUAUUGUAUUCAUCAUUAGGGAUAAACCACAUGCGAUGUUUAAGCGGGAAGGUAGCGAUUUGCGAUACACGGCGCGUCUAACGCUCAAGCAGGCUCUCUGCGGUGUGAUCUUCCAAGUUCCUACAAUGUCCGGUGAUCGCUUGCGCAUCAGCACCGUUAUGGAGAUUAUCAAACCGAAUACGGUGAAACGUAUACAAGGUUACGGUUUGCCCUUCCCCAAGGAUCCGUCGCGAAAGGGUGACCUCUUGGUCGCGUUCGAUAUACAAUUCCCCGAAAAAUUGACUGUCGAACAAAAGGAAUUGCUCAAGGAUUUGUUGUCAUGAGAGUGCAAUAAUAGUACAUAUUAGUAAGCAGAGAUAAAUAAACCGGAGAGCAGUGAGCAAAAAGCGCGUAGAUAUGGAGAGCGUAGAGUCCAUAUAUAUAUAUACAUAUAUAUAUGUAUAUGUGUAUGUGUGCAAAAUAAGGCAAAUAAGUGACGAAAAACAAUAGAAAUGGAACAAAAGAUAAACUGCAGCUGGAACACAUGCAUGAGAGUAACUCUCUUCGGAGAGAUCAUUACAUACAACUAAGAGGCAGUGCAGAAAACUUGUCAGCAAAGCGAUCACUUAUAUUUGCAGCCUAUAAGAGAAUAAAAAAACACUCUCGCUCUCUCUACUUAACUUUGCUUUGUCGUUUUUUUUUUGUUUUCUGAUCAACAAACUCUUUCUACACUCUCUAUACUCUUUUUUGUUUUGUGACAAAUUACUUUUACUGUCUAGAAUUUAUUUAAAUUAAAACAGAAAAUAAAUAUUUUUGUGUAAAGCAACUAAAAUUACAUUAAAUGCAACAUCUCUACGUCCUCUA